UGCACGGACUCUCCUUGACGUUUGAACGGAUAUUACGUACCCGGAAAGGCUUGUGUUUUGUCUCAUGUGAUGAUCGCACAUAAACAAGUGAGGAACUUUUUAUAAAACCGGGUUAAAUUUAAGGGUGCAGCAGGCGAUCUACAUAGUCAAUCUAAUGAAUAUGGCAGACAAUCUGAGGAGUUAUUUGUAUAAACAACUGCCAAGUGUUGAAGGACUCCAUGCAAUAGUGGUGACGGAUAGAGAUGGAGUCCCUGUAAUCAAAGUUGCCAAUGACAAUGCUCCUGAAUAUGCACUGCGGCCAGCGUUCCUGUCCACCUUUGCUUUGGCAACUGACCAGGGCAGCAAGCUGGGCUUGUCCAAAAAUAAGAGCAUCAUUUGUUACUACAACACAUACCAGAUUGUACAGUUUAAUCGAUUACCCUUAGUCAUAAGUUUUAUCGCCAGUAGUAAUGCUAACACAGGUGAGUCUCCACAGGUAGUACAAAAACCACUGAGAUGCUUUAAUUGA